AUGGCGAGCCGCCCUCCAGCCCUCCCUCACGGCCGCCUGCCCGGUGCGCACCAGGCCGAGAUGAAGAAGCACGUGGAGCAGAUCAUCGGGGAGGUUGGCGUCGACAACCUUUCCGCCAAGACGGUGCGGGAGAAGCUCGAGACGGCGCUGGGCAAGGAGCCGGGCGAGCUCAAGCCGGAGAAGACGCUCAUCAGCGAGCUGAUUGACGAGGUGAUGGCGCAGCAGGAGGACGCGGAGGAGGAGGAGGAGGAGGAGGAGGAGGAGGAGGCGCCGCCGCCCAAAAAGGCGAAGAAGGCGCCGGCCAAGGCCAACGGUGGAGGCGACGACGGCGGCGAGAAGAAGGAGAAGACCUUCAGCUGUACUACUGUGUCGGGCAACGAGGCGCCCAAGGACCUCAAAAAGGCGCAGUCGAAGAAGCUGAAGUCGAAGGAGUUUCUCGAGAAGGGCGGCCGCAUCGAGAUCAAUAUCAACGGCAACAAGCUCACCGCCGACCCGCGCGAGUUUAGCAGCGGCGGCAAGGGCUGGUACACGGGCGGCAAGAUCGAGAUGCGGGUGAACGGGAAGGACAUCUGGGCGCAGGCGGGCAUCAACAUCACCAUCCCCGGUUCGCGGCUCUAG